GUAGAGCUCAAAGACCCGAGUCGGAAUUUUAAAGAAAAUGCUGAGAAAGGCAGCGCAGUCUUCUUUUCGGGAUCGGACGCAGGAGUUUCAGAGUAUAGCGGAGAGAUUAAAGAAGUCGGUUUCAAAUGGGCCGGGACCGAAUGGGUCGAGCAGCAGCAGCUGCUCCAAGGGGGAAGGGCGGCGAUCGGGAGUUGCCCUUCAAUCCGAGUUCAAUCGGAGGGCUUCGAAAAUCGGGUUUGGGAUACAUCAGACGUCCCAGAGGCUUGCGGAGUUGGUGAAAUGUAAGCAUCCGAAUAGUUCAGAAAUAGCAGCUGUUUCAUCUUCAGUUAUAAUUACAUUGGCAAAGAGAACCUCCCUUUUUGACGAUCCAACUAUGGAAAUUCAGGAGCUUGCUGCGGUCAUCAAGCAGGAUAUUACUGCCCUCAACUCUGCUGUGGUAGAUCUUCAGCUCCUUUGCAAUUCCUGGAAUGAGGGCGGUGUCUCCAGUGACACGGCUAGUCAUUCAACUACGGUUGUAGAUGACCUGAAAUAUCGAUUGAUGAGCGCUGCAAAAGAGUUCAUAGAAGUUCUAACCAUGCGAACCGAGAAGUUGAAGGUACUUGAAAAUAGGAGACAGUUAUUUUCUUCCACUGCUUCAGAGGAAACCGCCAAUCCUUUUGUUCGUCAAUGUCCACUGGCUGCUGCUAAUGCCUCAGCAGCUCCACCUCCCCCAUGGGCUAAUGGGUCGCCGCCGUCGUCAUCAUCAUCACCCCCAUUGCUCCCCGGCAGCAUGACGGUAUUCAAAUUUUUGCUGCAAUGGGGAGGAAUGGCGGUUGACAGAUUUCACACAUUGUGUGAGAGGCAAGGGUAAAGUUGCUAUCGAGAACUCAAUUCCAACAUUAUGAGGGAGGAGGGUACGUGGUGUUUUGGCCGGACACUGUAUAGGAGAUUCAUUUCAAAUGGAAGAAGGCGGUUACUUA